AUCGAGAUAGGGAGAACGUGGUGUGUGUGUGUGCAUACGAGAGAGGGAGGGAGGGAGCGAGAGAGGGGGAGAGGAGAGCGCGUGUGUGAAAAAGGAAGCGGAGUCGGUAAACGGCGAACUCACUGAUUUCCUAUCCACAGACUACAGUACUGUAAUCUACUACUUCGUACUCUCAAGAUCGAGAGCCACGGCAAGGCUAAGGGGAAAAAAAGAAGCGGACUGAGUGAGUCGUGCGUUUUUAGAGUCCCCCGGCGAUCCGUGUGAGAAUAAAUUAGCAAGGCAAGGCCAUCUUUUGUUGAGGCAAGUGCCCAUUGCCUCUGCAUGGGCAGCGGCUGUUAACGGAUAAAAUGCCUGCGUGAUUAUUGUUUAGCCCUGGUACUUGGAUUUGGCCCAGGCCAAGAAGGGAAGGUUCGGACGGGUCAAUCGUCGUCGCGGACGGGAAUUGCGGUGGAAGUUGUUUGCAGCAGACUGUUGGACCGUAACUAUUAUCAGACUGGCGGCUCUUGUGAAACACCGGGGUUGUUGGUGAGGCUGAAUUUUUCCUGCAUUUGAAGUGGUAAAUUCAGAAGACUGAAGCCCAGGCUCACAGUCUACCUUUCACGGAGGCCCAGCCGUGAGAGGACAGAGCAAGGCACCUGGCGAAUCAUGACAGCCGACAAGGACAAGGACAAGGAGAGGGACAGGGACCGGGACCGGGACAGAGACCGGGACAAACGGGACAAGGCCCGGGAGAGCGAGAGCUCGCGGCCCCGCCGCAGCUGCACGCUGGAGGGCGGCGCCAAGAACUAUGCAGAGAGCGAGCACAGCGAGGACGAGGACAACGACGCGGCCAGCGCCACCACCGAGGAGUCCAGCAAGAAGAGCAAGAAGAAGCUGCCCAAGAAGAAGUCCCGCUACGAGCGCACCGAGAACGGAGAGAUCACCUCUUUCAUCACGGAGGACGAGACUGUUUACAGACCCGGCGAUUGUGUAUAUAUUGAGAGCCGCCGACCCAACACUCCCUACUUCAUCUGUAGCAUUCAGGAUUUCAAACUGAGUAAACGGGACCAUCUGCUCAUGAGCGUGAAGUGGUACUACCGGCAGUCCGAGGUGCCCGACUCUGUGUACCAGCACCUGGUGCAGGACCGCAACAAUGAGAACGACUCCGGCCGAGAGCUCGUCAUCACCGACCCAGUGGUCAAGAGCCGGGAGCUCUUCAUUUCAGACUACGUGGACACCUACCAUGCUGCUGCGCUCAGAGGGAAGUGCAACAUUGCCCACUUCUCCGACAUUUUCGCUGCCAGGGAGUUCAAAGCCCGCAUUGACUCCUUUUUCUACAUCCUGGGAUACAACCCAGAGACCAGGCGGCUAAACAGCACGCAGGGGGAGAUCCGGGUGGGCCCGAGUCACCAGGCCAAGCUCCCGGAGCUUCAGCCCUUCCCAUCCCCCGGCGGCCAGGUGGUGACGGAGAACGAGGAGCUGGUGUGGAUGCCGGGGGUGAACGACUGUGACCUGCUUAUGUACCUGAGGGCAGCCAGGAGCAUGGCAGCGUUUGCGGGAAUGUGCGAUGGGGGAUCCACAGAGGACGGCUGUUUAGCUGCCUCGCGGGACGACACCACUCUAAACGCUUUAAACACGCUUCACGAGAGCAACUACGACGCAGGGAAGGCCCUGCAGAGGCUGGUGAAGAAGCCAGUUCCCAAGCUGAUCGAGAAGUGCUGGUCUGAAGAUGAAGUGAAGCGCUUCAUUAAAGGGCUGAGGCAGUACGGCAAGAACUUCUUCAGGAUUCGGAAGGAGCUGCUGCCCAACAAGGAAACGGGCGAGCUGAUUACCUUCUAUUACUACUGGAAGAAGACCCCAGAGGCUGCUGGCUCCCGGGCCCACCGCCGGCACCGCCGACAGCCCGUCUUCCGCAGGAUCAAAACCCGCACCGCCUCCACUCCCGUCAACACCCCGUCCCGACCCCCCUCCAGCGAGUUCCUGGAUCUCAGCUCGGCCAGCGAGGAUGACUUCGACAGCGAGGACAGCGAGCAGGAGCUGAAGGGCUACGCCUGCCGCCACUGCUUCACCACCACUUCCAAGGACUGGCACCACGGGGGCCGCGAGAACAUCUUGCUGUGCACUGACUGCAGAAUCCACUUCAAGAAGUACGGGGAGCUGCCCCCCAUCGAGAAGCCCGUCGACCCCCCGCCGUUUAUGUUCAAACCCGUCAAAGAGGAAGAGGAUGGGCUCGGCGGGAAGCAUAGCAUGAGGACCCGGCGCAACAGGGGCUCGAUGUCUACCCUCCGAAGUGGCCGGAAGAAGCAGACAGCCAGCCCCGAUGGCAGGGCCUCGCCCACCAACGAGGACCUGCGAUCCAGCGGCCGCACCUCCCCCAGCGCCGCCAGCACCUCCAGCACCGACAGCAAGACCGACUCCAUGAAGAGGCCCAGCAAGAAGAUUAAAGAGGAGGCCCCCUCGCCCAUGAAGAGUGCCAAACGCCAGAGAGAGAAGGGAGCUUCCGACACAGAGGAGCACGAGAGAACCACGGCGAAGAAAUCCAAGACUCAGGAGAUGAGCCGGCCGGACUCCCCCUCGGAGUGCGAGGGCGAAGGGGAGGGCGAGGGGGAGAGCUCGGACGGCCGCAGCGUCAACGACGAGGGCAGCAGCGACCCCAAGGACAUCGACCAGGACAACCGCAGCUCCUCCCCCAGCAUCCCCAGCCCCCGCGACAACGAGAGUGACUCGGACUCCUCUGCCCAGCAGCAGGUCCUCCAGGCACAGCACCCCGCGGUCAUCCAAUCGCAGCCCGGUCCCGCCACUGCGGGCUCCGCCUCCUCUGCCGCCGCCUCCGCGCCCGGCGUCCCCACCCUGCCACCGCAGGUCUCCCCCUCCCUCGCCCCCGCCUCCGGGCCCUCCCAGCAGCCCCCGCAGUCCUCCCCCCUCUCCCUCAUCCAGCCCGGGACCCCGCUGCACCCUCAGAGGCUGCCCUCCCCUCACUCGCCCCUCCAGGGGCUGUCUCAGGCUCCGCCCCCUUCCCAGACGGGCCCCCAGCCCCCGCUCCACGGGCAGCUCCCGCCCCUCCCCCACCCGCUGCAGGCCGGCCCCGCCCACCUGCCCCACCCGCAUCCCCACCCGCUGCCUCCUCAGCCCUUCCCUCUGUCCGCUCAGUCUCAGGUUCCUCCUCCUCCGCCUCUCCCGGGACAGGCCCAGUCGCACACGCCCCCGUCCCAAACGCAGUCCUCCACGCAGGGUCCCUCGCAGCCCCCCCGGGAGCAGCCGCUGCCCCCCGCGCCCAUGUCCAUGCCCCACAUCAAACCGCCCCCGACCACGCCCAUCCCACAGCUGCCCAACCCGCAGUCCCACAAGCACCCUCCACACCUCUCUGCGCCCCCUUUCCCCCAAAUGCCCUCCAACCUGCCCCCGCCGCCCGCCCUCAAGCCCCUCAGCUCCCUGUCCACCCACCACCCCCCUUCUGCCCACCCGCCCCCUCUACAGCUCAUGCCCCAGGGCCAGCAGCUGCAGCCCCCGCCCGCCCAGCCCCCAGUCCUCACCCAAUCCCAGACCCUCCCUGCCACGGGUCACCCUGCUCCCCCUGCGCCCCCCCUCCCCUCCGCCUCGUCCUCGCACCCUCUCCCCUCGCAGCCCCCCUUCCCCCCUCACCCCUUUAUCCCCGGGUCCUCACCCGUCCUGCCCCCGUCCUCCGCCCCUGCCCCCUCCUCCUCCUCCGCCUCCAUCUCUGGCCUGCAGCCCCCCUCCUCCUCCAUCUCCAUGCCCCUGCCGGCCUCCGUCAGCACCGCCUGCUCCGGCCCCUCUGGGGUCCCGCCUGUCCAGAUCAAGGAGGAGCCCCUGGACGAAUCGGAGGAGCCCGAGAGCCCGCCCCCGCCACAGCGGAGCCCCUCCCCCGAGCCCACAAUCGUCAACACGCCCAGCCACGCCAGCCAAUCAGCUCGGUUCUACAAGUACCUGGACCGGGGCUACAAUACCUGCGCCAGGACAGACUUCUACUUCACCCCUCUGGCGGCGUCCAAGCUGGCUAAGAAGAGAGAGGAGGCCCUGGAGAAGGCCAAGAGGGAGGCCGAGCAGAAGGCCCGGGAGGAGAAGGAGAAGGAGAGGGAGAAAGAGAAGGAGCGAGAGAGGGAGCGGGAGCGAGAGAGGGAGGCGGAGAGAGCUGCUAAAGCCCCCAGCUCCUCCCACGAGGGCCGCAUGGGUGACCCCCAGAUGGCGGGCCCCGCCCACAUGCGGCCGUCCUUCGAGCCGCCGCCCACCACCAUCGCGGCGGUUCCGCCCUACAUCGGGCCCGACACGCCCGCCCUGCGCACCCUCAGCGAGUACGCCCGGCCGCACGUCAUGUCGCCCACCAACCGCAACCACCCGUUCUUCGUGUCGCUGAACCCGGCCGACCCGCUGCUGGCGUACCACAUGCCGGGCCUGUACAACGCCGACCCCGCCAUGCGGGAGCGGGAGCUGCGGGAGAGGGAGCUCCGCGAGAGGGAGAUCCGGGAGCGCGAGCUCCGCGAGAGGAUGAAGCCCGGAUUUGAGGUCAAGCCGCCCGAGCUGGAAGGCCUGCACCCGGCCGCCAACCCCAUGGAGCACUUCGCCCGGCACGGCGCCAUCACCCUGCCGCCCAUGGCCGGGCACCACCCCUUCGCCUCCUUCCACCCGGGCCUCAACCCGCUGGAGCGCGAGCGGCUGGCGCUGGCCGGCCCGCAGCUGCGGCCCGAGAUGACCUACCCCGAGCGGCUGGCGGCCGAGCGGCUGCAUGCCGAGCGCAUGGCAUCCGUCGCCAACGACCCCAUCGCCCGGCUGCAGAUGUUCAACGUGACGCCGCACCACCACCAGCACUCACACAUCCACUCGCACCUCCACCUGCACCAGCAGGACCCGCUGCACCAAGGUGGUGGUGAAUGUCUUGUGUGUCCCCCAGGCUCCGGGGCCCAUCCGCUGGUGGACCCCCUGGCAGCCGGACCCCACCUGGCCCGAUUCCCGUACCCGCCCGGAACCAUCCCCAACCCGCUGCUCGGCCAGCCGCCCCACGAGCAUGAGAUGCUGCGACAUCCUGUGUUUGGCACCCCGUACCCGCGGGACCUCCCGGGCGCCCUGCCGCCGCCCAUGUCUGCGGCGCACCAGCUGCAGGCCAUGCACGCGCAGUCGGCCGAGCUGCAGCGGCUCGCCAUGGAGCAGCAGUGGCUGCACGGACACCACCACAUGCACGGCGGGCCCCUGCCCGGACAGGAGGACUACUACAGUCGUCUGAAGAAAGAGAGUGACAAGCAGCUGUAGCCUGCGGGGUGAGCGUGCGGCAGGCGGCCGCACGCGGGCCCGUCUCAGAGGGGAACUCUCGCGUCCGUGGAACAAACGAGGAAAUCGAGGAGCGGAAAGAGAACUGGCAGGAGAAGAUCUUCGGAAGAUUUUUUUUGUGGCUUUAUUUCCUGUCCUGGAGGUUUUUUUAUUUUGAAAGAAAUAGACAUUAUUUGGUAUAUAAUAGCCCUCAAAGUAGCGACAACGUCCUCAAAGACUGAUUGUGACUUCCCUGCAUGUGAAACUCUCUGAGAAACUUCCCUGACGUUUUUUGUAGGUGCUAGAAUACAAGACACUUUGUCACUGUGCUUAACGAAGAAAAAAAAAAAAACGAUGAAAAAGAGCAGAGUUGGGCCAUUAUUUCAGAAAUCUUUUAAAGUGCUAUCUUAAAUUCAACAGUUAUUUUAAUACAUUGUAGGAAGUUUUCAUAAUUUUAAAAGAAAGCUGCAGCAUGGCAUUUUUGAGUCUGUAAAUAAUAUAUAUAAAUAUAAUUAUUAUAAUUAUUAUUAUUAGGUGUGGAUUCCUAACCAAGGUGUUAGACCUCCAAUAUUAUUGUUCUGAAGCAUUAUCCCUUUGUUUCAGAGGGGAGCACAAUGGCAUUAUUUGAGCAGGAAAUGGUUUCAGAGAUGGCCUGAAUAGAGGCUGCUGGCAGAAAGGUACAGGACAUUGUAUCCACACUCUUGCGAAUCUCUCAAACGGAAGACACUCCUGUCGUCCCUGUGGAUCGGGACUCAGAUAUCCAUCCCUCGACUUUGGCUGUUACUGUUUUCCCCGAUACGGUUAACUUAUAAACCUGGGUUUCUUGCCUAACAACACUUGAAGAGGAGCAGCUCUGUUUUGUGUGCCGUGACAGUGGUUUGCCAGGGGUUACACUCAGUAGCGCCCUGAGACCGCAGUCUGGAGAGAGAGAGAAAAAUUGCACUGAAAGACCACAGAUAAGACAGGGCUUCUCAUCAGUUCUAACACAGUAUUUAAUAUUGUAACAUUGGCUUUACAAAUGAAAUGCACUUUUCACAUUUGGUCAUUUUGCUGUCUGAAAUUUCCCCCUGUGCCAAAGUAAUUAAAGGUUUACUGGCAUAUUUAUUAGAGUGAAUAAAUCUAAAUGUAAAGUAGGAAGAACUGAAGGAUUGGUGAACGAAUUACACAAUCUAAUCCUUUUUCCCCACACUGCGGUUUUAAAGUACAAGUAGACACGUCAAAUUGACUUUAUCCCACAACGGCAUUACCUUACGGCUAAUGCUUUAGUAUGGAGUCACUGUUUGAGUUGUGUGUAAUCUGACUUGUUUCUAAGAC